AUGAGGAGAGACUGUGGGAAGAGAUUCACUUGGUCAACCGAUCUGGUGACACACCAGCGAGUUCACACCGGGGAGAGACCGUUCACCUGUUCAGACUGUGGGAAGGGAUUCAUUUGCUCAUCUGAACUGAAGGUACAUCAGCGAGUUCACACUGGGGAGAGGCCGUACACCUGCUCAGACUGUGGGAAGGGAUUCACUCAGUCAUCGAGCCUACAGAGACACCGGCGAGUUCACACUGGAGAGAGGCCGUUCACCUGCUCUCAAUGUGGGAAGGGAUUCGCUCAGUCAUCUAACCUUGUGACACACUACCGUGUUCACACUGGGGGGAAGUUUCAAUAA